AUGUUUAUUAGAAUAAGUCUAAAAUGAAUUAUUCGUUAAAUACGUCAUUUAUUAAUAUUCUUUAGUUCUUAAGCGACACAACCUUUGACCCAGCUUGGAAGCUGGAAAGAUGGCAGGGUUGAGAAAUGAAGCCCGGUUGUCGUUGGAAAUUCGAACUAAAUCUAUCGAACAGACGUUGAUUCCAUUGGUAACACAGAUUACAACCCUUGUAAACCACAAAGAGAAAGCCCGCUUUACAGAGAAGACUAGUCGGUCAUUGAUCAGAGUAGGACAAGGUGUAGCCCUGGCUGUAGAGAAAUUUGUAACUGUUGGACAGACAAUAGCGGCAGAAAAUAUGGAAAUAUCUGAGGAUAUGUGCGAAGCUUGUGAAGAAGCCAGAAUGGCGGGAUCUACAAUACAAAGACUUACUAUGAUUGUACCAUCAAAAGGGAAUAAAACAGUAACAGAGAAAACAGCCAUGGUCAGGUCAGCUAGACAAUUAUUGUCAGCCAUUACAAGGGUCCUACUGCUGGCGGAUAAAGUUAUUGUUAAACAGUUAUUAGUAUCUAAGGACAAGGUUUUGAAUGCCUUAAAUGACCUUGAUAAAGUGACUUCAUUUACAGACUUUGUAAAUUACUUCAGCAAGUUUGGAAAUGAUAUGGUAGAACUUGCCCAUCUAACAGGAGACAGGCAAAAUGAUCUAAAAAGUGAGAAACACAGAGCACAAAUGGGUGCAGCUAGAGCCAUACUGGAGAGAUCAACUUCCAUGUUACUACCAUCAUGCAAGACAUGUUUAAGACACCCAGACUGUGGGACAGCUAAACGAAACAGGGACUGUGUCUUUAAACAGAUGAGACAAGCUCUUAACAUGAUACAUUUUAUUGUGACAGACGGAGGUUGCAGUCAGAUGAACGGUCACAGUUCACCGAUUACAAAUGGGGAUUCUGGGAUAGGUCUUGAUAAUGUUCAUCCAUCAGCCAGUAAAGCAUUGAAAGAUCUAGAGGUUUUGCUAGCUGCCAAAACUCUUGCAGAAUAUUCCAAUAGUAAAAUUGCUCGAGAAAACUUGGAGAAUUUUGCAGAGGCCUGGGAGAGUCAGAUUAAUGACCUUUCUGUACUGGUAAAGGAAGUCAAUGAUUUUUGUCAAGGACGUAUGGACAAACCAGUUUAUUUGUCAUUACCAAGACCAGGGACAGCACCUAACACACCACAAAAACAUGGUACAUCUAUGAGAGGACCAAGACCAAUCAAGCUUGAUGCAGAGGAACAAGCCAAAAUUGCCAAGUUGGGGCUGGAGAUGAAAUUAAUCACAUCUGAGAUGGAUGCUGAAACAGAUAAGUGGGAGGAGCCAGACAAUGACAUUGUCAAACGUGCCAAAAACAUGUCAAGCAUGGCAUUUUCAAUGUAUCUAUUUACAAGAGGGGAGGGGCCAUUGAAAACAACACAAGAUCUGUUUGUACAGGCUGAAUAUUUCUCAGAAGAAGGAUAUAAACUGUAUAAAUCUGUCAGGGAGUUUGUUGAUAGGGUACCAGUUUGUGCUCACAGAGAUGAACUGCUUUCCUAUCUUGAGAAGAUCCCUCCCUCCUGUCAACAACUACACUCAACAUUGAAAAUCUCUACUGUGGGUAAAGCAGCUACAUUCAGCAAGGUUGAUGGUGCUAUUCAAGAAACAAAGAACUUGAUGAAUGUCAUUGCUAAAGUUGUCACUACAUCAUUCAUAUGUGCUACAAAGUAUAGUAUAGACUAUCGUAGAUCCCCAGGAGGUACAAGACGAUGGAGGACGUCCUACGAGAACAGAUCUAGUAGUGACAGUGAAUCGAUGCACAGCAGUACACAAUCAGAUGGUCUUAACAGAAGUUCAUCAUCAAAUAGACAGUUCUCAAGCAACAAUAGUCUGGAAAAAGAAUCUUAGCACUAGAAUCUUAGAGCUUAUGUUAGUUGUGAUUAUAAAUGUAUGUCAUAAAACUACACUCAGUUAUAUGCCUGGAAAAUUAGUCCUGAAUUGAAUUUAAACGGUUGAUUUCUGGUUAUGAGAAUGAUAAUUGUAGUGGAAAAUUUUAUGACAACUGAGAGCUGUUCCAUAAAAACAUACAUGGAACCUAGGGCAGGUGCGUAAAAAUCUUAAGUAUGAGGAAUCAAAUAUUUUUUGGUAAAAUUGUAAAUUUAA